AUGCCCGGAACCGAGAUGUUAAAUGAAUCAUACGAAGUAAAUGAAUCAUAUGAAGUAACUGAAGUAAAUGAGCAGGAAGGUUUACCGACGGAUGUAGCAAGUAUUCUUCCUUUAAUGCUCCAAGCUCAAGAUCUUGUCAGUAAACUCGAAAGUCGAGUAUAUGAACUGGAAAAUGACCUUGAGACCAUAAAUGAAGCCCAUGAACAUGAACGAGAUCAAUUACUCCAAGAAAUUGGUGAAAAAGAUGAAUAUAUUCAUAAUUUAAAAACCAAAGCUAGUCGUCUUGAGUUUGGAGCUAGGGAGGCCAUAAUUGUUCUGUCAAGAACUGUAGAAAUGCUUAAAGCACAAAGCCUUGAAGAAGAAGAAGAAGUUAGCAAGGACGAUGACGAUAAUGCUACAGCAGUAGAAUCAACUGAUUUGGAAGGACAAUUCCUAGAUAGUAUUAAAUUAUGUUUAAAUUAUUUAAAAUGUACUCAAAAUAAUCAAGCACCAAAAUACUCCAAGAAAUCGUUAUCACCAGUACGGCGUGAUUCGAAACUUCAACCAUCUAAUGAUGAUGACUAUGAAUCUGAUCACAGGGUUGAAAUUGUUGCUCCUCAACUUGAUCCUCUACCUAAUAACAUUGUACCUAAUCACGAUGUGCAAAAGGAAGAAGUAAACGAUGAUUCCAUAGAAAAUGAUGUAAAUAAUAGGCUUACGGUUCAUCAUAAUAAUUCAAGGAGAGAAUCUUUUAGUGGCAGCCAAGUUUCGCUGGACGAUGUAUCCGAUCUUUCUGAAUAUGAUUUAGAUGAAGAAGGGGAGCGAGAAAGACGCGAAGAAUAUCGAUCCAUUCGAAGAAGGUCAAUUGACAGUGAACUAGAAGAAGGUGAGCGAGAAAGACGCGAAGAAUAUCGAUCCAUUCGAAGAAGGUCAAUUGACAGUGAACUAGAAGAAGGGGAGCGAGAAAGACGCGAAGAAUAUCUACUCAAAUUUAAUAAUCAUGCAACAAAUACUUUUCAUAAGAAAUUUGAAGAAAUCGAAGAUGAAAUUGAUCAACAUGUUGAAGAACGUGCAUAUCUUAAACGUGAUCUUUCGGCAUUAGCAUUAUCUCUUGCGGAAGAACAAACUCUUCGUUCUCAAAUUCAAACCAGUAAAGAAAGCUUAGAACAAGAAAUAGAUGAAUGGAUAAAUGCUAUGUUUGAGAAAGUUAAUCAAAUGGUGUUUGAUGAAGCCAAUACACGUGAAGAAUUGGAAUGCCUAAACAGAGAGACUAAAGGAAAAAUGGAUAAUUCAUUAAAAUCAUCUGAAAGCAGACGUAUUUAUAUUGACAGUAUAGUUUAUGAAGAAUUCCAAGAAUAUGUAAAGUCACUUACAAAUUCUACUAUGCCCACGAGUUCUACUCCUACACAUCCAUUCAUGAAACGUUGCAUGAAUGAAGAUAUCCAACCGUGCUUAUUUGAAGGACAUACAGGAUGGAAAUCACCAUUUUAUAAAAGACGUUUGUUAGAUGCUAUUAUGAAAAAUCAAUGCGAAAUUCAAAAAAUACAUUAUAAUUAUUCAAGUUCCGUUCAAAGUACACCUAACACCAGCCAAAUGAGCAGUUCAACAUCGAAUACACGACAGAACAAUUAUAAUGAACCACCACAAGCACCAAAACUUAAAUGUGGUCUCUGUGGUCAUGUUAGAAGUUGUGAUUUCCGCAUGCGAAUUGUUGGAGCGGAUGUUGCAGUACCACCAUCGACAACCACAACUUCAUCAUCACGUUUUUCGAGCAUAGGAAGUCCAGGAUGGAUUCCACUUGAUAGAUUCUGUCGGGAUCGUAUUGUUGCGGUGUGUGAUUUCUAUACCUAUAUUUCACAUUUGCGUAAAGGAUUACUUGUCAAUUCACCAGUAUGGGGAAUGUAUAAGCAAUGUCUCAAAUAUCGCAGAAGAAUGAGCAUGGCACGCGUUGGUAGUGUGAGCAUGUUUGAAGAGGAAGAUGCUAUUAUUAAUGAAUGUUUAAACAAUUCUGAAAUGGAAGGAAUGGUCGUGCUUGUUCUUUUAUGUAUCAAAUUGCUGAUCGACUACCUUCUAUAG